CAUCUUCCUACUACCUCAUUGCAGGGCUAGGAAAGAUUUCUGGGCUCCAAAGCCCCUUUGUAAACUAAUAUACAAUGAGGACCAACCAGAUUGUGAAGUAUUCUCUUUUUGUUUCGUGUUAUCUGUUCUGGGUGGCUAGUGGAUUGAUGAUUUCAGUGGGAAUGUAUGCUAAACUUUGCAAUGAGACAAGUAUUGUGGAUUCUCUUGUCGCAGACCCUGCUUUCAUCUUAAUUGCUGUGGGAAUCCUAAUGUUUGCUAUAACCUUCAUUGGAUGCAUGGGAGCCCUAAGGGAUAUACAUGUACUGCUGAAAAUUUUUGCCGGCGUCAUGGCUCUAGUCCUGAUUCUUCAGUUUGUGGCAGCCAUACUCGGCUUUAUGUUCUCAGGAAUGGUUCUAGAGAAAGUGACUUCUGUGAUGUCAAAAGCAAUCACUCGAUAUCGAGAUGAUCUUGAUCUGCAAAAUUUUAUUGAUUACCUUCAGAAAAAGUUUCAGUGCUGCGGAGUAAACACCUAUAGAGACUGGUCCCUGAAUAUUUACUUCUACUGUGUGGAAAACAACCCAAGCCUGGAAAGCUGUGGGGUUCCAUAUUCCUGCUGCAUCAAGGAAAAAGGGCAGAAUGUCAUUAAUACCAUGUGUGGGUAUGAGACUCAAAACCUCAUGCAGUGGGAUGCAGGGGAUCGCAUCUACGUGGAAGGCUGCUUGAAUAAGAUUGUCAGUUGGGGCCGAGGAAAUCUUCUGCUUCUGGGUGGAGUUGCCAUGGGACUUAUUGUCCUAGAGAUUCUUGUAAUCUGCUUGGCUGUUGUUAUGAUUUAUGAUAUUAAUUUCAUAAUGGAAAGACGAAAGAGCACAGUUCCAGUGACAAGCGUGCGGAGAAAGCAAAAUGAAGAACCCUGCAGAGAUAGAGAAUUUGUGAGGGAGCUAGAGUGCAGGGAGGUAGAGAAUAUAGAAGAAUAUAUGAGGGAACUUGUGUGUGUAGAGGAAGAGUUUCCAAAAGAACUGGAGUGCAUGGAGAUACAGAGAAGGGAGGAGGAAUAUGUGAGAGAACUGCAUUUUAUGAGAACAGUUGACUGAAUUUCUUCAACAAGCUGGGCCUUCUUUAACCUGAAGAACAGACAGUCCUUAGAAGAUCCUUUCUCCGGAGAUUAGCCUGGAUUUCUGUUUCUUAAUACCAGUACUGUGAAUAGUUCAACACUUGAAGAUAAUGUGAAUUAGUCUUGGGCGCCCAAAAAGUGCUAUUUUCCGCUGGAACACCUGUAUUCUCAGUGAAUACUCAAACUCAUCUCUAUACUUCGGCACAAACUUAUAGAAAGCAUCUAAUAUCAUUGCAGUUGCUCUCUCUCUCUCUCUCACACACACACACACAUAUAUUAUAGGAGCUUAAUUGUUAGAUCAAUGUUUAUCCAACAUUCAAAUAUUGGUGAGUCUCU